AUGAGCGAAGGAGUGACCUCUGCGACGGCGCAGCCGCCGCCGCAGGCGAAGUGUGAGGCGGCGUCGAAGGGGCACCAUGUCUGUGAGUGCUACGGGCACACGCCGAGGCUGCCGGAGUACCGGAAACUCGCCGUCCCGCGCACGCUGCAGGGGUUUUACGCGAAGGAGGGCGGCGGCUGCCCCUGCAUCCCCAAGACAAAGCCGGAGCAGGCGGGCGCGAUAUACUGCAGCACGAACCCCAUGACGCGGGACAGGGUGAUGCCGACGGAGACGUACCGCGCGUACGGCCCCGGCGGGCACAAGGUGCACCCGGAGGACGAGGCCCCGGCGGAGAGCUCCGCGGUGCGUGACCCAGCGACCGGGGCGCGGCUGGUGUUUCCCAACGCCCGCAACUACGGCGGCACGGCGACGCAGCGCCGUUUUCCGGCCAUUGGCGAGCCCCGGCGAAAGACACGGGCGGAGCGGGAGUACGAGCAGAUGCAGGACCGCAAGGAGUUUCUCAAGGCCGUGCUGCGGGACGAGAUGCGGGACCGCCUGUGCGCCGAGGAGCAGCUGGAGGCGUUGGAAAACCAGCUCGGCCUGCGCGGCAGUCGUCACGCGCAGAUGCUGAACGCGGCGGCCGCCCGCGAGGCGGAGGCCCGCGACGGCGAGGCGGAGGCGAGGACGGUGGGGGAGCAGUACGAGGAGGUGAUGGAGGAGCUGCGGUACGUCACGCGGCAGCCGGUGGGGUCGAAGGUGAACCUCAUCCGCAUGUACUACCUCCUCGAGGAGCAGGACAGACUGAAGUACCUGCGGGACCAGGAAGCAAAGGCAGGCAACCCGCCCCGCAGCACGGCGUCCGCAAGUUGA